UCGAUCAGAUCGGUCCGGUUUUGGUGGCGUUUGUUGUGAUUGUAUCCCUCUGUUCGUGGGAUGCAGUUACUGCCGCGAAUUUGCAAUAAAGUGAACGUAUUUAUAACCCCUUCGCCGCAGUGCUAUGUUAUAGUAAUUGUUCAGAUAUUGUCAUAUUUCGUUUACUUACCUGUGGGGAAACAUCAGUGUUUUCCUGCUUCAGAUAGUUAUUUUAUUUCCAUUGUGUGUAAUGUGUAGUAGAAGAACGAAGACACAGUGUAUUUCUGGUUGAAUUAUUGUCGCGUCAUUAAUUGAAGAAUCGGUUCGAUGAUUUAACGUUAUUUCGUGAGGACCGUCCAUUCGUCAUUCAUCGGACCACCAGAGCUUCCUGGAAGUACGCGGUAUAGUCGAAGCUAAUUAAAUUCAACCCAUACAAAGCCACCGACAGAAUACAUACUUACGUUUAGCUAUUACCUCUCUGGUAGAGCGUUUUGGACCGGCAUCGUGAAGUGAUGUCAUUUUUGCUGAAACCACGCAUCGGUCACAGCCGCACCGAAAGUCAGAUAUACGUAAGCUCAACUGGAUGCGCAAAGUACGAGAAAAGUGUGACCCAAGUGUGAAUCGGAAUAAAAACUUCAAAAAAGGAAUGUGAUAUAUCGGGUUUUAACCAAAAAGUGAUAUCAACACCACCAGAUAAGGUGAUGUAUACUCAAAAGUGCAGCGUUAUUCGUGGAAUAAAGAUAAAGUGAUUUAGUUGCUGGGUAACAAAUUCAAAUAAUGAGAUAGCAAGUGUUCACGUGUGUCACAAUUGGUCGUUUCGGAAACCGCUUAGUGCCUAUACACUCAAACGCGGUGACGUCCCCGGCGAGUGAGGUAAAUCAGCGACCACUAAUUAGUCUGAUAAAUAAGCCGGGUACAGUAGCGCUAAACAUUGCUGGGGCUGUGACUGGAGUUGCGAAAUGACCGUCACCUACACUGCCGAGGUAGCCACCUGUCGGGGCUUCGGCUGCUUCUUGAAACUGCUGGUCAGAUGGCGAGGCAGCAUAUACAAAUUAGUGUGGCUGGAUCUCAGCUGUUUCCUACUGCUAUAUUACAUUUUAAACAUAACCUAUCGAGUAGCGCUAAACGAUGAACAAAAGCGCAUCUUUGAAGAAGUUGCGCGAUAUUGUGCCACAUAUAGUAACCUCAUUCCAUUAUCCUUCGUACUUGGUUUCUAUGUCACAAUCGUCAUGACUCGAUGGUGGAACCAGUAUACCAGCAUACCGUGGCCAGACCCAAUCGCGGUAUUCGUUAGUGCCAACAUUCAUGGACAGGACGAGCGGGGCAGAGUGAUGCGGAGAACCAUCAUGCGAUACGUGUGCCUAUGCUUGACCAUGGUCCUGACCAAUAUCUCACCUCGCGUCAAGAAACGGUUUCCAACGAUCUUUCACCUGGUGGAAGCUGGUUUGCUCAACGAAAACGAAUACAACAUCAUGCAUCAUCUGAAUACAAAGUUUCCCAGGCACUCGAAACACUGGUUACCGAUCGUGUGGGCAGCCAGUAUCGUAACUCGGGCUCGGAAGGAAGGUCGCUGUCGUGAUGAUUUUGCCGUCAAGACCAUCAUCGAUGAACUGAACAAAUUUCGAGGACAAUGCGGACUGUUGAUCUCAUUCGACACUAUUAGUAUUCCCUUAGUGUACACUCAGGUGGUGACGUUGGCUGUUUACUCGUAUUUCCUAACCUCUGUCAUGGGACAGCAGUGGAUUGAAAAUAAGAAUCUCGUCACUGGAGUCGUAGUUAAUAAUCAAAUCGAUCAGUAUUUUCCGGUCUUCACUACGCUACAGUUUUUCUUCUACAUGGGGUGGCUCAAAGUGGCAGAAUCGUUGAUUAACCCAUUCGGCGAAGAUGAUGAUGACUUCGAAGUUAACUGGAUGGUUGAUCGUAAUAUCCAGGUUUCCUACCUAAUCGUAGACGAAAUGCACCAUGAGCAUCCAACACUGGUCAAGGAUCAAUACUGGGACGAAGUCUUCCCGGUGGAGCUACCCUACACGGUGGGAACAGCCGAAAACAAAGAGGAACCACCUCAACCGUCCACGGCUAACAUCGCAGUGAAGCAGAAGGAAGCGGAGGUCAUACCGGUGAUACCAUCGGCCGUACGAGUUGACGAAAUGGUCGGUAAAAAGAGUCAAAAUUAUGACUACACGUUCCCUGAACAGCAGGGUAUGCUUGACGACGAGGCCGACGAUAAUGCCAGUGGCAUCCACUUUGGCUCGUACGACAACAAACCAUUCCAGCGAAGCGGACCCUCGGCGAAUAGUCUAGCCAGUGUCGCACAAACGAUAACUCGCGUCAACACGGUAGCUUCCGCAUUGAAGCGAUUUUUCAGCCGGGAUGAGGGUAAUACUAGUGCUAGCCGACCGCAGAGUGCUACUCCGGAAUCACAGACGGGACCGUUUAAAUUCCCAGGAUCAGCAAGCUCAUCGAACCUUACCGGACGGUUGCCGGACCGGGCCCAAGGAAGCAUUCGCAUUACCGAUCAGGUCAUCGAAGAAGUUGAUGAACAACAGAUGACAAUAACUUCGAUUCAAGGCAAAAACGACGCUCGACCAAUGGCAGCCAGUUUAUGGGAGCAGGGACUAGUGAAGCACAGCGAACCAGUCGAUGUACCGCAGCCAGCCUAUAAGCGAACUCAAUCGGCGGUUGCCCAUGGACAAUUCGAUGGAGUUGGAAUCUAUCCACCCGGUGGUGUAGAAGGACUGCUAAGUGCUUCCGCUCCCACAGGACAGUAUGAGCCUGAUUUCAUUCCUCUCAAUCCAAUGUAUAAACCAGCCUUCAUUGAUAGCAAAGAAUCGGAGAAAACAAUCGGCGAUGCCAUGGAUGGUGGUCCAGAUGAAGACACCAGUGAAGCGGAUGAUUUCGAAAAAUUACGCCAAGCGCGAGAAAAGGAACGAAUAGAGCGACAAAAGUUCAAACUUGCUCGAUCGGUUAGCGGGUUAGGUCCGAUUGAUACGGCGGACAUUUUGUUAGAAAAGCUUACUAAGACAGCCGAGCAGCAGCAACAGGACGCAACACCUGGACCGUCGGGACAAGACACACCCGACACUAAACGUUAUUCCGGUAUCCAGAGUACACAAGCCGACACGACCAUAUGAUUUUACGUUGCUGACGAAGACAACGUAAUCGUGGUCAACGUUAGAGACAAGAGCUAGUAGUAGGAGAAAUUUGUUAAUCUUUUUGUUCCAGGAUGGCAUUGGCACUAGAUCAUGCUUUUAAAAACAAAUUCGUGAAAAUACGCAUCUUUUAAUCUUUAAGACAAUCGUUGAAACACGCACGUUUUUUUAUCAGUAUUGACAAAAUUAAAAUCAUUCGUACACGCUUCCAAAAAUUGAAAAGUGUAAACACAUAAUAGAAGUUGAUUUAGUGUAACAAGCAGCUUGAACACCAAGUAAUUAAAACUCAUUUAUACCAGAAAUGUAAUUUCUUGGGUCAUUUUUAUUGACUUUAAAAACGCACGUACGCAAGCAACAAACCAGUGAUAUUUUCGCGGAAGCGAAUUGAAACGUUUUGAUAAAGACAUUUGUUAAUGAUCUACACAAAAUUACACAGUUCAUGGAAAGCUAAAAUCUUAGAAUACUGUAUAAUUUUGUGCCGAACAGUAGUUUAGCUAUAUAUAAUAUUUAUUAUUGGGCAGCACCAGUACCAUUUUUUGUGGCUGCAACCAAACAAAAUGUAUCGUUUGCUACACUCGAAGCGCCUUUUAAUGUGGAUUGAGUGACUUAUGACAGAAUCGAACCUAUUGCUACUAAAAGGAUACCUUUUUAUAUAUUCGCUAAUAAUUCUUAACAAUUAUUGAAUGGAGUCAAAAGCGAGGCUUUCCAGACUAAAGGGUUAGCUCAUAUGGCGAUGAAUAUGGAAACAAAUAGUGAUGCUUAUCGUGAGGAAAUUAUCCUCAUUGUAAAGUCAAUGCGGCAGACUUGCUUUUCGAGUUUUCGAUAAUUUGAUGUUUGUUUCGAUUUUGCGGUCAUGUUACACCGGUCUAGCACUUUUGCUUCAAAAUUUUUCGUUGUUACUGUUCAUGUUACAGUAAAACUAUACUUCCUGCACUGCUUGUGAAAGCGUAACAUCUGAAUGAAACAAAAUGCAGUUUGAAAAGCACCAAAAACAAGUAUCAAUAGAGAUGAUUGGUUUUGAUAUUUUUCAACCCCGUACCCUACCUAAACCAAAAUAUUUUUUUUUUCACCAAAUCCAUAUCUGGCCCACAGUCCCGACCACAGACGCAAGCCCAACGGAUCUUUAUACAAUGUAACUCGAAAAAAAUAAAAUGUUCGUUCAUGUAGUGCACCUAGGGGAGUAGCGAAACCACGAAAACGAAAAUGACAUAAGAACUAGGAAUAUACCUCAUAUGGCCAAAAUGUAGACAGAACUUAUCAUUUAGUGAUGGAAUUUACGAAAAGCAUGUCCUCUGCAUUGAGCAUCGCAUGUACGUCUGAACAACCUUGCUUUCCUACACCUACACAUAUACCGAAAACCCAUCUAUAAUUACCACGAUACACACAAAUUGACUAUACAAACUAUGUAUUCUAUCUAGAUACUCGUGACUAUUCGAAAGUAAAGCAAAUGUACUUUAAAACCUAAAUAAAUAUAUUGAAACAAAAUUAGUAUAAAAA